GAAGCAGUGUCGUCAAAAAUGUCCUACUUGUGUGUUUUAAACAAAGCUAGCCAACGAUUACUAACGAUCAGCAAAGUUACUGAACACUCUUUGUUCGCAAAACAUCCUGGUAUACUCGGUAACCAAAUAUCGACUUCCGCUAUCCACAAGCAUGCGACAAACGACGUAUUGCAACAAACGUAUUUGGACAAAGCUUAUAUAAAUGGAGAAUGGUUGAAAGUCGGCAAAACAUUUCCAGUGACGAACCCGUACAAUGGUAAAAUAGUUGGCCAUGCAGCAGAUUGCAACAAACAGCACGCCCAAGAUGCUAUAGAGGUUGCCAAGACAGCGUUUGGUUCAUGGAAAGAAACUUGCUCAAAGGAACGUGCAAAAAUUCUUCUAAAAUGGCAUCAGUUAAUAUUAUCCAGCAGUCAAAGAUUGGCGGAACUUAUUACGGUGGAAAAUGGAAAACCGAUAACCGAAGCGUUGACCGAAGUCGCCUUUGGUGCUACGUUUGUUGAGUGGUUAGCAGAAGAAGCAAAACGUAAUUAUGGAACUACCAUACCAACCCCUCACCCAAACAAGAGACUUAUGUCUAUAAAGCAACCGAUUGGUGUUGCAGGAAUGAUUACACCGUGGAACUCACCGAACAGUAUGAUAACUCGAAAAGCUUGUUCUGCCAUUGCCGCUGGCUGCACUGUCGUCCUCAAGCCUUCAGAAGAAACUCCUUUCUGUGCUCUCGCACUUGCAAAACUUGGGGAAGAAGCAGGUCUACCCCCUGGAGUUUUGAACAUUGUCCCAACAUCCCGGGAGCGCACCCCUGAGGUGGGAGAGGUUAUUUGUACACAUCCUGAUGUGGCUGCUGUCUCAUUUACUGGAUCUACUGCAACUGGAAAGCAUCUUCUUGAACUAUCAGCAAGCACAGUGAAGAAAGUGUCCCUGGAGCUUGGGGGUUUAGCGCCCUUUAUAAUAUUUGACUCUGCGGAUAUUGAAAAAGCAGUUCAAGGAGUUAUUGCCAGUAAAUUCCGUUAUAUGGGACAGACUUGCGUUUGCGCCAAUCGCAUCUUCGUUCAAGAAUCAAUUCACGAUGAAUUUGUUUCAAAACUUGUUGCUGCAAUGAAGAAGGAACUUAUACUUGGGGACACGAUGGACCCCAACGUGACAAUAGGACCGCUUAUCAACGAGAAGGCGGUGCAGAAGGUUGAAAGUCAUGUUGAAGAUGCUGUUCGAUUGGGCGCUAAAGUUGUUUACGGUGGAAAACGAGGGCCAACAAGCUUAUUUUACGAACCGACACUUCUAACCAACAUCAACGAACAAAUGAAAUGUUUAAAUGAAGAAACAUUUGGACCGGUUGCGCCGAUAAUGAAGUUUAAAAGCGAAGAAGAGGUUUUAGAUAUGGCGAAUGAUACCCGUUUCGGUCUGGCAGGAUACUUCUAUAGUAACGACGUGGAUCAGUGUUGGCGGGUGGCUGAGAAGUUAGAGGUUGGAAUGGUGGGGAUUAAUGAAGGAUUUGUAAACACAGCAGAAGCUCCGUUUGGUGGCGUCAAAGAGUCAGGGCUGGGACGAGAAGGCUCCCAGUUUGCGCUCGAUGAAUUUACAGAGAUGAAGUACAUGUGUUGGGGGGUGUAAAUGCCAGCAGUCAUGUCAACGCGCUGUUGCAAUUAUCAUCUCAUUAUUGUAAUAUCAAUAUACAGUAGGUUGGGGUAAGAUAGUCAGUGUUAUCAUUCCCCUCUAUCGUCAUAUACCCAAAUGUAUAUACCUAUCAUUGCAUCACUAAGACAGCGUUGUAAUUGGUAAAAACACUAUUAGGAAUAUGGGAUAUUAUGUGAUAAUGGUAUCCACUUUACCCUGCAGUAUUACAUUGUAAAUUCUUCAUGCCUGUGUGCUUCAGUUCACAGAACUGCAAUAUGUGCACCGCAGUACGAGAAAAUAAAACGACGAAGCUAAAACU